AUGGCUACCGGAAAUACCGUCCCUGCAACACCAGUACGACUCUUUGCAAAGGCUCAGCAAGCCAAGUCCGCUAUCUUUAAUAUCGCCACCAAAUCACAGCGCGAUAUAACACAGGUUCCUGUGCCUCAGGGCCUAAGCGACAAUGCAUUCUAUGAAACCAUGGAUGAGCACCGAGCUGUGCCAGGUAAAGACAUGUGGAGUUUGCAACGAAGCUAG